AUGGCUGCCGACAAGUUUCUCGACGUUGGUGAAUGGGUGGUGGACCAAGGUAUACUUGUCAUGAGAACUUCAGAAUACUUCGAACGAAAAGGGCGAGUCGACACGAGACCGUGCGAGAAUCCAGAGGUCUGCCUCAAAAGGAUGGGUGCACGUUAA